AUGGGUACUGCUACUCCAGUAGAUGAACGAGCUAUCGGCAACUUCUCUAACCACCAGACUGUUUGGCUUGAUGCUGACAUUGGUGACCCGAAAAAUCAUAUCGAAUUUAAGAAUUUAUUUCAUAAAUUGAUACAGCCGUUAGAAACGAUACUACCCACAAAAGAUCAUCCUCAAUAUAAUGAAACUGAGAUCGAUAUACCUAUUAUGGAAGAUGAAAAAUAUAUUACUCAAUUGAAGCAAAGUGUUUAUAAUCUGAUAUUAUUUAAAGACUCAGAAGAUUGCUUCAAAUUUAUAGAGACUAAUCCCAAUAAAAAAAUAUUUUUAAUUACGUCAGGUUCACUCGGAAGUUCAAUUGUGCCGAGAAUUGCUCAUUUUCCGCAAAUCGAGGGCGUUUUUAUAUUUUGCUUUAACCAAGAUAGACAUUACAAAUGGGCUGUCGAUUUCUGCGAAAUAAUCCUGUCAGAUUUAUUAAUUCAUCAUGAUGAUUUGCUUUUUCAUUUGACAAAAAAUGUUGGCAAAUGUUUGGAAAGCAAAGGGGACACACAUAUACAAAAUAACGAGACUUUUAAGGCUCAAAACUGUUUUGCAUGGACAAAAAAGUUGUACGGAAGAGCACAAGAGUUUGCACAAGUCAAUAUGUACAAAGACAUCAGUAAUAUUGACAAGAAAAUAGAGAUGGCUGAAACGAGUCAAUCAUCAUCAUCAUCACCAUAA